AUGUCGACGGCAGAUACCCGGCUUCCUGUUUUAUUAGAGCAGUUUACCGGUGAUUUGCAGAGUCCCAAUGAAGAUACACGUCGUCGAGCAACUGACGAACUCUAUGAACGUAUUCUUGCUCAAUAUGUCGACCCUCCACCUGAUGUUGUUGCCAAUGUCGCUGAAACAGUUCAAGAAUUUGUUCGAAAGAAAAUGGGCAAUCCAAAUGAUGUCAACGAAAAUCGUGCAGCCCUUCUUGUUAUUCUUUGUUUUAUUUGUGCCGGUCAAAACUUCUAUACUGAAUUAAGUAAUAAAUUAGAACCCACGCUACGCGGUUAUAAACAAAUGUCAGUUGAUGCUAAUCUAUGUGAAUUAGUUGUCAAAUUAACAUGUAUUCUUGUCAAAGGUUGUGGCCGUAUGAGUAUCGAUCAAUUUUCCCACGAUGUUCCCAAAGCUAUUGAACGUAUAUCCCGUGACGAAAAACAUGAAACAAGACGUUAUAGCGGUAUAACAAUUUUAAGAGAAAUUGCUCUUGUUGCUCCAACACGUUACUAUCAUUUAAUAACACCUGUUCAUCAAUAUUUUGAACAACUAUUUGGUACAAUGGUCGAUUCAAAACAAUAUAUUCGUGAAGCAUUUGCUGAAACAAUGCAUGCAACGCUCAUCGUUCUCAUUGAUCGAGAACGUGAAGAACAGAAAAAUAAUGAUUUGAAAACUGCAAAAGACUUAACCGGCGCUAUAACCGCCCAUCCUAUGAAUACCGAAGCCAGUACAUUCUUCGAAGCAUAUAAUAUGGCUUAUACAGAAGCAAUGAAAUGUUUAACAGUUGAUACAGCGAAAAAUAAAAAUCCACAAAGAGAAGAGCGAAUUCAUGGAGGACUUUUAUUACUCAAUGAAUUAUUACGUGUAUCAGAUGCAAAAUUUGAAAAUACUUGUCAAGAAUUAAUUUAUCCAUAUAGUGCAGCAAAACCAAAACCAAUUUCAUAUAAAGAUGUACAUCGUGCUCGUGUUGCUUUAACAUUCGAACGUGCUGGCCCAUUAUCUCCCAUGGAUAUAAUUGAUAAUCCCGAACAAUCUCAAAUUCAAGUUCAAUCGUCUCUUAUUCGUUCUGUUAUGCUCGAAAAUUUUGUUAAUAUUUGUACUCAAGUAUUUCAGUAUCGUCAACAACCAAAACAAAUGAUAGCUAAUGUUUUAAUCCGUAUAUUACCACGUUUGGCAUCAUUGAAUUAUUCCGUAUUCUCUCAUCAACCAUAUGUUGAUGCAACAAUGAAUUUUAUAUAUGAACGUAUCAGUUCUCGUGAAUUAAAAGAACGUCAAUUAGCCUUUCAUGCAUUAGGUUUAAUGAUAUUAGCUGAUAAAUUAAGCCGAGCCAACGAAACAGAUCUACCGACAACAUCAAAACCAUUAACAAAAGAUAUGUCAAAAAUUUUAGAUUAUCUAAAACAAACAUUUACUCCAAUAUCAUCAACAGUAACAUCACUGGCAUCAGCACAUUCGCAUCGUCGUAAUAAUUCUACCCAAUCUGUAGCUGUAUCAUUACAGCAACAAACAUCGUCAAUAAAUAAUUUAUUACCAUGUCGAUAUACUGCGCCCGAUUCAAGUGUAUUUGCAUGUAUAACAAUGAUCGGUGAAGCUGGACCCGAUGCCUCCAAAUGCUUAGACACGUUAUUAGAUUAUUUAUUGCAUUGCGGUUUAAAUCAUUCAUUAUUAUUUUGUUUAAAUAAACUAUGUUUAAAUCCGUUAAUGCAUACAGAAACGAAACGUAAAAUUCAUCAAGGUUUAUUGGAAAAUCUACGUUCAGUUUUAUGUAAUUCAUUAGCGUAUAAUACGAAUUUAUCUAACGAACAAAAUGAUAUUAUUAUUAUUGCAUUACAAACAUUAAGAAUAUUUGAUUUUGAAGCACAAGCUAUUGAACCAUAUUUCAUUGAUAUAUUAAAUACACGUUUUAUUGAACACGAAAUUGUACGAAUAAGAAUUGAAUCUAUUAUAACAAUAACAUUUUUACUGAGAAAAUUAUUAUCACCAACAUCACAAACAAUUUUAUCAUCUAACGCAGUCUCAUCAUUGACAGCAGCAAAUAAAUUAAGAAUUAAAAUUGGUCAUAUAACGCAUAGAAUAUUAACUAUUGGUGUAACUGAUUUAGAUCCUGAUGUACGCUAUAACGUUUUCUUAACAUUACAAGAGGAUUUCAAACAAUUUUUAGCAAAAUCUGAAGCAUUAGAAUUAUUAUUUUUUUCUGUUCAUGAUGAAUGCCAUGAAAUAAGAGAACUGGCACUAAGUCUUAUUGGACGUUUAUCAAAUAUUAAUCCAGCUUAUGUUUUACCACCGUUAAGACAUUUAUUAUUACAACUAUUAACUGAAUUAGAAAUCGGUUGUGCUCUAAGCGGAAAAGAACAAGCAUCAAGAUUAUUAGGGCAAUUGAUUGCAAAUACACCAAGAAUUGUUCGACCAUAUAUGCAAUCUAUUACUCAAGCUCUAUUACCAUUAAUAAAACAACACGAACAGCAUUCCAAUGUUUUGAUUGCCUUAGUCCGAACAGUUGGUGAACAAGCUCAAGUUUGUGGUAUCGAUCUUGAUCAACGUGUACAUGAUCUGUUUCCUAUUCUAAUAAAUAUGAUGCAAGAUACUUCGAACUAUCGCAAGCGUGAAGUUGCCCUAUGGACUAUUGGACAAAUUGUUGAAAGUUGCUGUUAUGUAAUUGAGCCAUUACAAAAAUAUCCUAUUUUACUCGAUGUACUGUUGCAAUUUUUGAAAUCACCUGAAGAAACUCCAUUUCGUCGUGAAACAAUACGUGUUCUUGGAUUUCUUGGUGCACUCGAUCCCUAUCAUGUUCGCUCUUCAAAUGACCCACUUCGUUCAUUAUCAUUCGAUGUCAAUGAUAUAACAUCAACACAUCGUGUUCGUGCUCAACCAGAUCCAAUUGAAAUAUCGUCAAAUGAACUUUUAGUGGCAUCCGGUGCUCAAUCAUUAACUGAUUUUUAUACUUCAAUGGCAAUCUAUGUUUGUCUUCGCGUAUUAAAAGAUCCAAAUAGCCCACAAUUACAUUUAAAAGCUGUUCAAGCCAUAUCCAUCAUACUUCAAUGGCUUGGAAGUUCAUGCACACAAUAUGUUUCACUUGUUUUACCACGACUAUUAUCUGUUGUACGCAGUACAGAUGAUAGAAAUUUAGUACCUUAUUUUCGUCAAAUAAAUAUUAUAAUAAUAUCAAUAAAAGGCUCAAUAAUUCAAUAUGUCAAUGAUGUUGUUCAAUUAAUUCGUGAUUAUUGGGAUACACAUACAGAUUUACAAAUCUUACUUAUUCAAACAAUUGAAUCAUUAGCUGCUGCAUUAGACACUGAAUUUCGUCAUUAUAUUCAUUUGUUAUUACCAUUUGUUAUGAAAACAUUUCGCAUAGAUUCAAGUGUAUCAGGCUUAAAUAAUUUAACAGCAAAUCAAAGUCAAGAUCGACAAUUAAUUUUAUCACAAAUGUUUUCAACAUUAAAUAAAUUUGGUAAAACAUUAAAACCACAUUUUAAUGUUGUUCUACCAUCAAUAUUAGAUAUUGCAUCAACAAAUACCUAUCCAAUAAAAUUACAAAAAGAAGCAUUAGACACUAUUGAACAACUAGCUGAUAAAGUUUUUCUAAGUGAUUAUGUUUCGGCUAUAUUACAAAUUUUACUACGAAUUAUACGUAAAACAACACCAUUACAAAUAAAAUGUUUAGAUAUUAUUUUGAUCAUAGCACAACAAAUGGGUAAACAUUUUCUUGUAUUUAGUUCACUCGUAUCAAAAACUAUGGAAGACAUGAAAUUGCAACAUUCAAAAUAUGAAUUAUAUAUAUCGAAAUUAAAAGAUUCAUCAUUUGUUGAUGUACAAACAGAAACGAUUGCUAAUUCAAAUCAAUUAUCAACUCAAUCAUCAAGUGAUACAUCACGAAGACACGACGAGAAAGUUUUAUAUACAAUACGCACUGAUCAAUUACGAUUACAUUGGACACAAGCUAUGCAAAGAAAAGCUAAAGAUUUACCUAUGUGGCUAAAUAAAUUUCAACAACUUGUACUCGAACAAUCGCCUGUUUAUCCAUUACGUGCUAUGGGUACUUGCUUAGCACAAGUAUCACCAUCGAUUCCACGUGAUUUAUUCAAUGCAUCAUUUAUAUCCUGUUGGAGUGAAUUGAAUUCUCAUGAUCGACAAAGUCUAACAAAUGCAUUAACAUAUGUUCUAUCGGAAUCCGAUAAACCUGAUGUUAUACAAACAAUAUUAAAUCUUGCUGAAUUUCGUAAUCAAUGCGAUCUAAAAUUAAAGUUAGAACGUCAACAAAAAACAAAUAAACGUAGUGAAGAUACAAAUUUAAACGAUACAAAUGAUGAUAUUCCUAGUGAUAGAGAUAAAACAAAAAAGAAAGAUCAGAAUCAAGAUAAUGGCGAUGAUCUUGAACGUUCGUUAAUUAAUAUAAAUUUAUUAAGUGAAAAAGCAUUUAGUGUUCGAGCUUAUGCUAAAGCUUUAAGAUAUAAAGAAGAAGAAUUUCAACGGCAACAUGAUGCAGCAUCGACUACUCAACAAUCAGUGACAUCCGAUAUUGUUGAAUCGUUAAUUAGUAUUAAUCAUGAAUUGCAACAAUCCGAAGCUGCUUAUGGUGCACUGCAAUAUGCUAAACAUCAUAAUAUAAAAAUAAAAGGUCUUUGGUAUGAAAAAUUAAAUCAAUGGGAACGAGCAUUAAGAAAUUAUGAUUUUCUUAAAACGAAUGAUUCAUCGAAUAUGGAUAUACAUCUUGGACGUAUGAGAUGUAUGCAAGCACUUGGUUCAUGGUCUGAAUUAAGAGAAUUGGCCACUCAAAUAUGGGAUAUUACAGAAACACUUCGUGAUGAACAGCCAGUGUCAUUGUUACCAUUUUCAACAAGUUUAAUUGAUAGAACGUCUUCAUCAACAGUAUUCAAUUCUCAUCAAGGAAUGGUCAAUGGACGUGAAUUAAAAAAGUAUCUUCAACAAAAAAUUGCACCUAUGGCAACACGUGCAGCAUGGAGUCUUGGAGAUAUGCCAGAUUUGGAAAAAUAUUAUAUUCAUAUACCCGAUACAAAAUUUGAAGGAGCUUAUUAUCGGGCUGUUGAUGCUAUUAGAAAUGAUAAUUUUAGACAAGCACAAGAUUCAAUUGAUCUAGCAAGAGAAUUGUUAGAUGUUGAAUUAACAACAUUAGCUAAUGAAAGCUAUAAUCGAGCAUAUUCAGCUAUGAUCAAUGCUCAACUUUUGUCUGAAUUAGAAGAAGUAUGGUACUAUAAAAUUUUACCUGAACGACGUCAAUCAAUAUGUGAAAUUUGGCAAAAACGAAUGCAAGGCAAUCAACCAAUCAUUGAUGAUUAUCAUCGUUUAUUGUUGACACAUUCACUUUGUUUACCCAUGGCGCAAGAUCUUCUAUCGUGGAUAAAAUUAGCUAAUCUAUGUCGUCAAUCAAAUCGUUUAACGAUGGCUGAUUUUAUAUUUAAAGAAUUAACACAUACUGUUUUAAAUGAUCAAACAACACUGAAUCGUGAUGUAUCGAUCAUUAGUCCAAAUGCAUUUCAAACUCAAUCAUCACAUCAUUUUGGUAUUCAAGCAACAACAACAUCUGCAUUUUCAUUGCAAUCUCAACAAACAUUUUAUCAUCCAACAUUAAUCGAUCAACAAUUAGUUAAAUAUGAAAAGGCUAAAUAUGAUUGGCAUUGUUUAGUUUCAACACGUGAACGUCUUAUACUUGAAAGACAAAAUCGAAAACCGGUUUCAACUAAUGAAAAUAGUCCACAAUAUGAUGGUGUUCAUAGUACGCCUACACUAACGCCAUCGUUAUCGUCAUCUAGUUUAUCAUCAUCAACAUCAAACUCGGAAAGUAUAAAUGUUAAACUAGAACAAAAUCGUGUGGAACAAUUACGAUUAAUCGAUGACAUGAAAGAAAUGGUUCUGAAAACGUGUGUACCAGCAUUGGAUCAUGUAAGAAAACAAGCGGCAACAACAACUGGAAAUGCACAACAACAAGCAAUGAUAGCAACUAGUGGCGGCGCAACACCAGCUACUGCGGGAGCUACACUAGCUGGAGCCAAUCAAAAUGUUAAUACAAUGCAACAAUUAUCUGCACUUUCUGUAACAACUACAAAUGCUACACCACCAAUUAAUUCUGCAGCAUUUUCUCUAAUGACGUCAACUAGUUUAUCAACAUCAUCACAAGUAGUUAAUCAGCGUGAACAACGUCUUCGUCAAUUAAUAUCCAAAUGCUAUUUAAGAAUCGGUUCAUGGCAACAUGAAAUGUUCGGCAUGGCAGAUGAUAUUAUAUUAUCUGAAAUAAUGAAAAAUUAUGAACAUGCUUGGACCUAUGAUGAUUCAAAUUAUAAAGCAUGGAAUGCCUAUGCAGUGCUUAAUUAUGAUGCUGUUAGUUAUUUUAAGCAACGUAUCCAGGAAUUAUCGCGUAGUAGUCAACCACAACAAACUCCACCGUCUCCAUCAACACUUACUGUUGAUGCUGCAAUAUCGCCCACUCGACAGCCACAAUCACCGCCAUCUCAACAACAACAAAUUCCACCACCACCACUACCACUGUUGCCACCAUUGCCACCACAACAACAGCAACAAAGUCUGGAUGCAUCGAAUGAGGCUUAUCGAUUGUUAACACAAAAAAUGAUUCAUUGUACAAUACCAGCUGUAAAAGGUUUAUUUAAAUCGAUUGUACUUUCAAAAGCUAAACAUUGUUUACAAAAUACUCUUCGUUUACUAACACUAUGGUUUGAAUAUGGACAAUAUCGUGAAGUUUAUGAUGCCAUUACUGAAGGUAACAAAACAGUACCAGUUGAAGUUUGGUUGCAUGUAUUACCACAAUUGAUUGCACGUAUUGAUUCUCCGAGACCAUUAGUUCAUCAAUUAAUACGUCAUUUACUUAUUGAUGUUGGUCGACAACAUCCUCAAGCAUUAAUCUAUCCAUUAGUUGUUGCAUCAAAAUCAGUUGUACGUGAACGAGAAGUUGCAGCCAAUCGAGUAUUAAAUAAUAUGCGAGAACAUAGUCACACACUUGUACAACAAGCUUUAGUUGUUAGUGAAGAAUUAAUUCGAAUAUCUAUAUUAUGGCAUGAAAAGUGGCAUGAAGGUUUAGAAGAAGCAUCGAGACAAUAUUUUGGUGAUAGAAGUAUAGCAGGCAUGAUUGAAACAUUGGAACCAUUGCAUGCAGCAAUCGAGCGUGGAAGUACGACACUAAAUGAACGUACAUUUCUCGAUUCAUAUAGUACCGAUUUAACUCAAGCUCAUGAAUGUAUUCGUCGUUAUCAGCGAACAAAAGAUCAACGGGAAUUACAUCAAGCAUGGGAUUUGUAUCAUCAAGUUUUCAAACGUAUUCAUGCUCAAUUGCCCAAUAUAACAUCUCUUGAAUUGGAUUAUGUUUCGCCGCGUUUAGCCACACAUUGCCGUGAUUUAGAAUUAGCUGUACCAGGUACUUACGAACCACAUAAACCACCAAUAACAAUAAGAAAUGUUCAAUCACAUAUAACAGUUAUAACAUCAAAACAACGACCAAGAAAAAUUAGUAUAACAGGCUCUGACGGAUACGAAUACGUCUUUUUACUUAAAGGACACGAAGACCUACGGCAAGAUGAACGUGUUAUGCAAUUAUUUGGUUUAGUUAAUGAAUUUCUAUCGGCUAAUGAUGAAACACGGCGUCGAAAUUUUAUUAUUCAACGUUAUCCCGUCAUACCAUUGGCACCAAAUAAUGGUUUACUUGGUUGGGUUGCACAAUGUGAUACAUUUCAUGCAUUGAUAAAAGAACAUCGUGAAAAAGCGUGUAUAAUGCUCAAUGCUGAACAUCGUCAUAUGCAAGCAAAAGCUCCACAUUAUGAUCAAUUACCAUUGAUCAAUAAAGUUGAAGUAUUUGAAUAUGCACUAAACUUAUUAGACGGCGAUGAUUUAGCAAAAAUUCUAUGGCAUAAAAGUUCAAGUGCAGAGAUAUGGUUAGAUAGAAGAUCAAAUUAUACAAGAUCAUUAGCAGUGAUGUCUAUGGUUGGUUAUAUAUUAGGUUUAGGUGAUCGUCAUCCAUCGAAUUUAAUGUUGGAUCGUGCAAGUGGAAAAGUUGUUCAUAUAGAUUUCGGUGAUUGUUUUGAAGUCGCAAUGACAAGAGAAAAAUUUCCCGAAAAAAUUCCAUUCCGUUUAACACGUAUGCUACGAAAAGCAAUGGAAGUUACUGGUAUUGAUGGAACGUUUCGUAUGACAUGUGAACAUGUUAUGGAUGUAUUAAGAAAAAAUCGUGAUAGUCUUAUGGCUGUAUUAGAAGCAUUUGUUCAUGAUCCAUUACUUAAUUGGCGUCUAUUGGAAAAUAAUACAAAUGAACAAAAUACUGUAAUAUCAACAAUAAGCAAUCGUUCACCACAAACAAGUCAACAACAACAACAGCAACCACAUUAUCAACCACAUUUAUCAACUGUUAAUGAAGAAGAUAAUGAACAUGAGAGUACAAUUGGCGGUACAACACAACAACAACAACAACAGCAAAAUGUUCAAUAUCUUGCUACACAGCCUGGCCGAACCAUACGGGCUGUAGAAAUCAUGAAUCGGGUGCGAGAAAAAUUAACUGGAAGCGAUUUUCAUCGAGAUCAACCUGUUGAUAUACCAACACAAGUCGAAUUACUUAUUAAACAGGCAACAAGCCAUGAAAAUCUUUGCCAAUCGUAUAUUGGUUGGUGUCCAUUUUGGUAA